AUGGCUUCCGCCAAGUCUUUCCCCGCCGGUAUCCAUGUUCCCAGUUUGACCUGGUUCGGCGACGAUGCCAGCCAGGAGAUCGACUGGAACGUCCAGACCAAGCACAUUGAGUUCCUAGUCAAGUCAGGGCUCCACGGUGUCGUCCUUGCUGGAACCAACGGCGAGGCCGUCACCCUGACCAACGAUGAGAAGACCAAGCUCGUCAAGACCACAAGGGACAUUGCCAUCAAGGCCGGUCGUCCCGAUUUGACCAUCACCAUGGGCUGCGGCGGCCAGUCCACCCGCGCCGUUAUCGAUGAGACUAAGCUCGCCAAGGAGGCCGGCGCUGACUACGCACUCGUCCUCGUCCCUAGCUAUUUCCACUUCGCCAUGAAUGAGGAGGCUAUUGUUGGCUUCUUUGAGGAGCUCGCCAACGCCAGCCCCAUUCCUGUCAUCAUCUACAACUUCCCUGGCGUUGUCGCCGGCCUCGAUGUCAACUCGGACAUGCUCUCUCGCCUGGGCAAGCACCCCAACAUCGUCGGUGUCAAGCUGACCUGCGGCGGCAUCGCCAAGGUUGCCCGCGUCCGCGCCGAGUUCGACCCCUCAGAGUUCUUCGCCCUCGCCGGCCAGAGCGACUGGCUCGUGCCCGCCUUGUCCGUCGGCAGCAAUGGCACUAUCACUGGCGUCGCCAACCUGUACCCAAAGUACUGCGUCGAGAUCUUCGACCUGUACAACGCCGGAAAGUUGCAGGAGGCUUCUGCCGCUCAGCUCAAGCUGGCACAGAUGGAGUGGGCCUUUGGCAAGGGCGGCAUCAACGGCACCAAGUGGGUUGUCGCUAAGUCGCAUGGUUACCCUUUGACCAGCUGCCACUGCAGACGCCCUUACCCCCAGUAUACCGACGAGAAGAAGCAGGCUUGGAUCUCUGAUCUGGUGGCACCUCUGGCCGCGGAGGAGGCUAAGCUGAACCAGGGUACUUAA